AUGACAAUUAUUGUUCACAAUUUCCAACAUUUAGAACUAAUGCCCACCUCUUUAAAAAAUAAGUUUCUUUGGUCAGCCAACAAAUCCAUAUUUCUAAUUAUCCAUUCAUUGUUUGACAAUGUAGUUGCUAAAGAGAUCUUGAAUGUCCCUUUGAUAGAGGACGUGUUGGUUGAUGGUUUGGUUUGGAGUGCAGAGAAUAAUGGGACUUAUAACGUCCGCUCAGGUUACCGUCUUUGGAGAAAUUCGCCCAUUCAUCGUACUAGUUACAAAGUGGCCGGCAAGUGGGAAGAGUUGUGGAAUAUCAUGGCUCCUCUUAGAGUUAAACACCUGUUGUGGAGGAUUUGCCGUGGUUGUUUACCGUCCCGGGUUAGCCUGCGCAAACAUUUUGUACAAUGCCCGAUGGAGUGCCCGGUUUGCGAGGACAAUGAGGAAGAGGAUUGGCAUGUGUUUUUCGGUUGCAAUACCAUUAUCCAAUGUUGGCGGGUAGCAGGUUUGUUAUCUAUCAUUGAGCCUCAUCUUCAUCAUUUUAAUGAUGUUAAAUCCCUUAUUCUUGAUGUUUGUAGUAAAGAAGAUAGGAAGGAAGCGGGGCGGUUUGCUAUGACGAUAGAGGUGAUUUGGAAAAACCGUAAUAAUAUAGUGUGGAAUAACGAUCGAGAGGGAUUCUCUAGAAUGGGAUUGCAAGCCUUCUUUAAUUGGCAAGAGUGGUUUACCGCCCAAGAUAAUCAGAAUAGAAGUUCGAAUGCUCAUACUCCUGUAAACUGGUCCCCUCCUGGUGAAUGGUGGGUUAAAUGUAAUGUUGAUGCUGGUUUCAAUAAAACUUACAGGUCCACAAAUAGAGGGUGGUGUUUUCGUGAUGCCAUGGGUAGAUUCAUUAUGGCCGGCAUUUCUUGGGAUAUCGGUAAUUUAUCGCCUUUAGAGGCGGAGGCUUUAGCCUUGAAAGAAGCGGUUCAACAUGCUGUCACUUUGAACAUGAACUGUGUGAUCUUUGAAAGCGACUCUCAGUUGGUUAGUAAAGGUGCUCCCCCUCCUGUGUGGAGUCCGCCAAUUGAAGGGAAAUUGAAAUGUAAUGUGGAUGUGGGGUUUAACAAAGUCUUGAGUUCAACAAUAGAGGGUGGUGUGUGA